AUGCAGUUACAGCGCGACUUGCUGCAUGGGCGCCUCUAUUGUCCACAAAAUCAGUCAGCUGAGUUGGCAGCUCUCAUUCUACAGGAAGGCGAGCCGUCUCGAUACCUAUGGCUUCGAUCCAUAUAUACCGUAAAGGACCCGAAAGAUCCAUCUCAUGCUGUGUAUUUGGGAGUGUCGCAUAAAGGCAUCUUAAUUUACCACGCUAAUCAAAAAGUGCAUCAUAUUCCAUGGUCAUACCUCUCAAAGGUAGACUACAUUGGGAAGGAAGUGUACAUCUAUCCCAUGGACGCCUAUGUUCCACCAAAUUGUAGCGGUGAUAUUGAAGAUAACAAUGAUAAAAAGCACAAGGAUCGCAAACCUCGUCUGGUUCUUAAAUAUCAUUGUCCAUCUGGUACCUUCGCGAAACACCUGUGGAAUCACAUCUUGAGUCAACAGGCAUUCUUCAACGAGCAAAGCGCUCUCAUGAUCAAACCGAAAUUCUCAAAACCUCGUAUUCCGCUUCUUUCAAGAGGUUCCACAUUCCGGUACCCCUCGCGUCGAGUUUUACGUGAAAUUGAAAAUACCGACAUUGCUUCGGACAGUGAAGUCACUGCUAAUGGGCCUGCAUUUGUACGUUUCGAACUGCCUCGCCAAGAACCUCGUAAGGAGCAGCCAUGGCUUAACAAGUAUAAUACCUUACCGAACAUGAAACUGAAUCAUAAUAACAACGAGAUCAGUAAAAGGGAUGAAAAUAUGGACGAGAAAGUAGCCACAGUCAUAAGUGCAACAACUGUGGAUGCCCCUGCCACUGACGUCGAUGCCGCAGUUUCCGUUCCGCAGUCAGUUGCUACACCGUCCUCGAUUGCCGACGAGACAAUAAAUAGACAGUCGACUGUAAGUGUGGCUACAACACAGGACAGUGCUGACAAACGAAAUGAGAACGUGACUUCGUUCACCGUGCGUUUGGUCAAGUACGAGCGUAGCCCAACGGUUUCGCCUGAACCUGAUGAAUCAAAAGAGGACACAGUGUUACGAGACAAGCCAGGCAUCCCUGUCAUAGGGAGCCCUUCAUCAUCGAGUUCCGAAGAAAGGGUUGUUAAUCGAACGGCAACCGCUACUGCCAGAAACGGAGCCGUUCAGCGCACUGAUGACGUGACGCAGCGGUCGUCCGGGCGAUGUGCAAACGUAUUUUUCUCCACAUUCCUGAUCCUGUUGUUAUUGCUGGCUACGUCGAUAGCUGUUUUUGAGAGAAGCGGUGAUUCGAAUUGGAUGGAAAAUACUGCAUGGCUGUCGCAUGUUCGUCACUCAUAUUACGAACCGGUUCGACACGUCAUCUUGGACAAGUACCACAAGUACUUUGUGCGUUGA